AUGAUGCUGAUUAUAGACAUUGCUUGUUUUUUAACAGUCACCUUCUCCAUAAACGACAACUCCAUAAGUAUUGAGGUUCUUACUGGUUCAAACUUUAAGAAAUGGAAAGAGGAUUUUCUAUUUGGUAUGGAACUGGUAGAUAUUCAUAUUGCUCUCACUGAGGAUAAGCCAGCAGAUGUCACUGCUGAUAGUACGGAUAUGGAAAAAGCACUGAGUGCCGCCUGGGCAAAGAGCAAUAGGAUUUGCUUGUUACUGAUGAAGCGAUCCAUUAAGGACCAUUUGAAGAGUAGUUUACCAGCUGACUGCACUGCUAAAGAAAUGAUGGAAACCUUGCAAGCAAGGAACCGUGACUCGUCUAAUGCUGAGGCUGGGACAUACAUGUAG